GCGACCCGCGGUGUAAAGGCACUCGGGUGUGUGCGAGAGGUACGCGACAACUGGUGUCGAGCAGAGAAAUAAAAAGUGAAGCCGCGUCUAUUUCCAAGGUCCCUUUCUCGUCAAAUAAACAAGAGAGGUCCGCUCACCAGCGAAGUGACGGUCGGAUGGAGCUUUCGGACCACAUUAAGACCGCCAACGUGGAGGAUGUGGUGCUACGGCGGCCGUUUCAUCCGCCCACCAAAGGGACUCUGUGUGUCACCGGACACCACCUGCUUUUUUCCGACAGGGAGACCGACCGGCAGUUCCUCUUGCUGCUCAGAAACAUCGAUGCCAUCGAGAAAAGGCUACCUGGUGCAUCCUCAGGGACCAUCACCAUAAAGUGUAAGGACCUGUGUGUCCUCCAUUUGGACAUCCCUGGUAUGGAGCAGUGUCUCAAUAUUGCCCAGUCAAUUGAGGCCCUGUCCUCUCUGGAGUGUGUGUCAGAGAUGUAUCCAUUCUUUUACAGGCCUCAUAAUCUCAGCCUAGCAGAUCAGUGGGGUCUCUCAAACCUGGAACAGUACCAUGCUCAAAUGGAGGCCCCGCAGGAGCGGUGGAGGGUGAGUGAUGUGAACAGAAGCUACACCCUGUGUCCUUCCUACCCACCUACUGUCAUCGUGCCUAAGGUCAUAGAUGACAACAUGUUGUCGAAAGUGGCCAAAUUCAGGCAAGGAGGACGCUUCCCUGUCCUCUGCUACUACCACCAGAAGAACGGCAUGGUUAUCAUGCGCAGCAGUCAGCCUCUCACGGGGCCCAACAGGAAGCGCUGCAGGGAGGAUGAGCUUCUCCUCCAGGCUGUGAUUGACGGCUCAGAUAAAGGAUACAUCAUUGACACCCGCUCCAGUCAGCAGGCCCAGCAGGCCCGGAUGACAGGGGGUGGGUUCGAAUCCAAAUCCAACUACACUGGCUGGAAGAGACUACAUAGACAGAUGGAAAGAGGUAAAGCACUCCAGGAGAGUUUCAUUAAGCUGGUGGAGGCCUGCGGUGACCAGUCCAACAAUAUGGACCGCUGGCUUAGUAAACUGGAGAACUCUAAGUGGCUGUCUCACGUCCAAACUGCCCUGUCCACUGCUGGCCUGCUGGUUGAGUGUGUGGAGCGGGAUGGUCACUCGGUUCUGGUUCAUGGUUCGGAAGGGAUGGACUCCUCACUGCUCAUCAGCACUUUGGCUCAGCUCAUCAUGGACCCACAGUGCCGCACACUAGAGGGCUUCCUCGCACUGCUGGAAAGGGAGUGGGUAGAGGCUGGUCACCCAUUUCAGUACCGAUGUGCCCACUCGGCCUACUCCCAUGCCCGUCUCCAGCAGGAGGCCCCUGUCUAUCUGCUGCUGCUAGACUGUGUGUGGCAGCUGUGGCGUCAGUUCCCGCUAGCCAUGGGCUUCUCUGAGGCCCUGCUCCUCAGGCUGGCAACGGAGGCCUAUGCCUCCAGCUACGGCACCUUCCUCUGCAACAACGACCAGGAGAGGUGCACGUUUGGGGUGAAGGACAAGACUUGCUGCCUGUUCCGGGCCCUGCUGAGGCCCAAGGAGAGAGAUUUCUACUCCAACCCUCUGUAUGAGCCCACUGAGCUGGCAGUCUGGCCCUCUGUCCAUCCCCAGUCCCUGCAACUAUGGAGAGGCUUUUUCCUGCGGUGGACUCAACAUGCUCAACACUUGGAACAGGCCCAAGAGGAGAUAAGGAACAUGAUCCGUGAGUGGAGCAGGUUGACGCUCAGGUGAUGUGAAAUAGUCCAUACUGUGGACUGGCGAAGAUACGAAGCUGUUGGUUGGCUGGUCUUGAUAACCGACCCGUGACUUGCUCGCAUGAAGAUAACAGCAGGCUGUCAGAAUAGAAUGGAAUAAAUGCGAUACUGAUA